AUGAAUCUGCAGAGUCUCAGGUCUGUUGUCCAGUUUGUCUUUCCUUGCCACUUUGAUGUGUUGUGCCCAUUAUUGACAAUGUCGACUACAAAUGUACAAAGGAUCAAAGAUGUCUCUGUCUUUAUUGGGCCAAAUCGUCUUCUCUUUCGUCCUGUUUUCGCCUUAAACACAGUCGCGGACUUCGUCGCCUCUCCGGCCAGUCGAGCCUUCUUCGCGAAUGCGGGUUUGUUGGUCACCCACGACGGCGACGGCGACGGCGACGGCGACGGUGGGUCCCGAGGCCGAGACGUUGUCCUCCGGUUGGCCGGCAGGGCCGAUGGGCGAGAAGGCGGACGGAGCCGACGAGACAAGACGUGGCAGCCGGGCGAGUGGAUUCAUCACGAGGAUGAGCCAACAGUUGGACGUACACCGAGUUCAGUCGGCCGCGCUGCAGAACCUGCCCAAGGGCGCGGUACCAAUCCUGCCUAUCCUCAUGCCUGUCGCUGCCCCGACGACCGACAAGACGGCCGCUCUGCCUCCCCCAGCCAAGGAUGUGAGUGGUACAGCCAGCCGACUCGCUUUUUGACCCGCAAUUCACACAUUUGUGCCCCUCUUUGCCACUCUCCUCCACGAAAUUACGACCUAGGAAUCACACUUUGGGGAGACAUCUGCCUCGUGGAGGAUAUUAUCUCCCAGCUGACCGACACGAUGACGAAACCUCGACGCAUAAAUGCUCUUCUGCUUUAG